UAGAGUUUUGAGAAUUCUUGGUAUUAGUGAAAAAUAGUCAUGAACAUGUUGUACUAGGACUUUUGAGAUUUUCUUGAAUUGUAGUUCAAUUGUGUGUGCGGCGGUAAUUAUGGAUAAUUGGUGUUUUGUUCAUCAUUACACAACAAGACAAUGCCAAUGUUAUUGUACAACAACAACACAAGAAGAAGAUCAAGAAUUACAAGAAGAAGAAGAAACAAGAAGUUACAAUUCCACAAAAAUUCAUGUUAUGGCUUCUAGAUAUUCCAAGAAUAUUUCACCAAUCAUUUACAUUUUUGUUUUCUUCCUCUUCUCUGUUUGUCCUGUUUUGUCAUCACUAGAACAAUUCAACCAAACUUUUAACCCAAGUGAUGACAUGAAAAUCAUUAAAUCACAUCUCAUGAAAAUCAAUAAACCUUCUAUCAAGACAAUUAAGAGUCCUGAUGGAGAUCUUAUAGAUUGUGUAUUAUCACAUCAACAACCUGCUUUCGAUCAUCCUCAAUUAAAAGGCCAAAAACCAUUGGAGCUAGCUGAGAGGCCAAGAUCAUCAGGACACAACAUAAAUUCAAUGGAAUUUGAAAAUUUUCAACUUUGGAGCAUGUCUGGUGAAACAUGUCCAGAAGGAACAAUUCCAGUUAGAAGAACAAAAGAACAAGACAUUCUAAGAGCUAGUUCUAUUCGAAGAUUUGGUAGAAAAAUUAAAAGACCAGUUCGUAGAGACACUACUAGUAAUGGCCAUGAGCAUGCAGUAGGAUAUGUAACUGGAGAUCAAUAUUAUGGUGCAAAAGCAAGUAUAAAUGUGUGGGCACCUAAAGUUACCAAUCAAUAUGAAUUUAGUUUAUCACAAAUGUGGGUUAUUUCUGGUUCAUUUGGGGAUGAUCUUAAUACAAUUGAAGCUGGUUGGCAGGUAAGCCCAGAGUUAUAUGGUGACAAUUAUCCAAGGUUCUUCACCUAUUGGACUAGUGAUGCAUACCAAGCCACAGGAUGCUAUAAUUUAUUGUGUUCAGGAUUUGUUCAGACAAAUAAUAGAAUAGCAAUUGGGGCAGCAAUUUCUCCAACAUCCUCUUAUAAUGGUGGUCAAUAUGAUAUUAGCAUCAUGAUUUGGAAGGAUCCAAAACAUGGACAUUGGUGGUUAGAAUUUGGAUCAGGAGUAUUAGUAGGAUAUUGGCCAUCAUUUUUGUUCACACAUCUUAGAGGUUCAGCAAGUAUGAUACAAUUUGGAGGUGAAAUAGUGAAUAGUAGAGGAAAUGGAUUUCAUACAUCAACACAAAUGGGAAGUGGACAUUUUGCUGGUGAAGGUUUUGGAAAAGCAUCUUAUUUUAGAAAUUUACAAGUGGUUGAUUGGGAUAAUAGUUUAAUACCAUUAUCUAAUCUCAAAGUAUUAGCUGAUCAUCCAAAUUGUUAUGAUAUUCAAGGUGGGAUUAAUCGUGUUUGGGGUAAUUAUUUUUAUUAUGGUGGACCUGGUAGAAAUCAACGUUGUUCUUAAAAUUA